AUGAACAAGGACGCCCCUGCCGCGAAGUUGUUGUCCACGCUGUUCGAGAAGCUCUACCCGAACGAUGAGAAUCUACCCAAGCGGAUCCUCCUCGUGUCGGCGCACUUUGAGUCGGACAGCAACGGGUUCGAGAUUUCCAACGCCGCCUUGCCCAAAAUGAUCUUCGACUACUACGGAUUCGACGACGAGGCCUACGACAUUGACUACCCUGCUAAGGGAGACCCUGAGUUCGCUCAGAGGGUCAAGGAGCAGCUCGAGAAGAACAAAAUCAAGGCGAAGCUGGUGAACCGCGGGUUCGACCACGGCAUCUUCGUCCCGAUGUCGUUGAUCCGACCGCAAGCGGACAUUCCGAUCGUCACCAUGUCGAUCAAUUUGUACUUGGGCAACAAGGCCCACUUCAACUUGGGCAAGGCGCUUGAGCCUUUCCGUGAUGAGGACACGCUGAUCCUCUGCUCCGGUCAGUCGACGCACAAUGCCAGCAGUAUGAGUCCUGCAUUGAUCAGAGGCGCGCAGGCCUUCCAAAGCUGGUUGGACGAGACGCUCACCUCGCAGUCGAAGCUCAGCGUCGAGGAGCGCACAAAACAAGAAGCGGGUGCAAAGGCCUACUUCGGUUGGUGGGCCAUUGGUCACAUGUCGUUCGCCAACUAUGCGUGGUGA